AUGCGACAACAGUUGUACUAUCUCGUUAGCGGCAUUUCAGUUGUCCUGGGGCAUACGCUCCGUACCGACAACCGCGCCAUCCCAGACAAGUACAUUGUCAGUUUGAAACCAGGAAUCUCGAGUGCAACUGUUGAUAGCCAUCUCAGUUGGGUACGGGAUGUACAUAAGAGGAGGAGCCUCUCAGCUCGUACCAUUGCAGGCGUCGAAAAGACGUUUGACAUCGGUCUCUUUCACGCAUAUGCUGGGUCAUUUGACGAAGAAAUGGUUAUGGAGAUCGAAGCGAAUCAAGAUGUAGAUCGCAUUGAGCCCGAUAUGCCCAUCUAUCCGUUUGAGCUCAUCUCCCAAACGGAGGCUACAUGGGGCUUGGGCGCUAUUUCCCACGAAGCAUCGAUCAACGCGAGUGCCAACCUCCGCGACGGAUUCGAAUAUCGUUACGAUGAAAAUGGUGGAGAGGGCACAUACGCAUACGUCAUUGACACUGGAGUCUGGGUCGACAACCCCGACUUUGAGGGACGUGCCGAAUUGGGCUACACAGUCUAUCCUGAUAUUCCGUUUGAAGACAGCACCGGUCAUGGCACCCAUGUUGCUGGCACCAUUGCAUCGAAAACAUGGGGAAUCGCAAAAAAGGCCCGUGUCAUCGCAGUGAAAGUGAUUGCGCCUGGCCAGGGUGUUAUGUCGCACUUUAUGGAAGGAUUUUCAUGGGCCGUAAACAACAUCACCGCUACACCAGGACGGGCAGCUGUUUCUGUGAUCAAUAUGAGCUUAGCGGGAACUGCCAGUGCUAUCACUGUAGCGGCCAGCGCUGCAAAUAACACGGUGCUGAGCUAUAGCAACUUCGGGUCGAAAGUCGAUCUGUAUGCCCCCGGAGUUGAUGUGUAUUCAUUGUCUCUGGAGGCGGGGAAAGAUGUUGCUUUAACCGAGUCGGGAUUAGAGUCGGUGGAGGAAGUGACUGCCAGAAUUCUCGACCUGUGCAAAGCGGGUGUUAUUGUAAGAGUACCAGAGUUCACUCCUAAUUUGUUUGCAUUCAACGGGGUUGGAUCAGAGUUGCGUCGGCAAAAGUGA